AUGUCGGACAACAUCGACAAGGAGACCACUCCUGAGAUCGACUCCCCUGUCACAAAGGUCGAGAUCACACCAACCAAGAUUGAGAUUGAGAAGGCGCCCGAGGCUCCCGCUAUCCCUCAGAACGACAACGUCGCCCACGCUCUUGCUGGCGCUGGAGGUGGUCUCUUAUCUAUGAUCCUGACCUACCCUCUCAUCACACUCUCUACACGCGCCCAGGUCGAGUCCAAGAAGGCCGAGAGCAAGUUCAGCGAGGCUGUUGGCAACAUCAUCGCUCGUGAGGGUGUCUCGGGUCUGUACUCCGGUAUUAAUUCGGCCCUCUUUGGUAUCAGCAUUACCAACUUUGUUUACUACUACUGGUACGAAUGGACCCGCGCUUUCUUCGAGAAGGCCGCUGCCAAGGCUGGUCGUGCUGGCUCCAAACUCACUACCGUUGAGUCGAUGAUUGCCGGUGCCAUUGCUGGCUCCGCUACCGUUAUCAUCACCAACCCUAUUUGGGUUGUCAACACUCGAGUCACCACUCGCCAGCAGGAGAAGAAGAAGGAUGUCGAGGCCGGCGAGUCUUCUCAGCCUGCCAAGGCUCCCAGCACCAUCGGCACUCUACUGUUGCUACUCAAGAACGAGGGUCCUCAGGCUCUCUUCGCCGGUGUCAUCCCGGCUCUUGUACUCGUCAUCAACCCCAUUCUUCAGUACACUCUUUUCGAGCAGCUGAAGAACACAGUCGAGAAGCGUCGCAAGGUGACUCCUACUGUCGCCUUCUUCCUCGGUGCUCUGGGCAAGUUGUUCGCUACUGCGAUCACCUACCCCUACAUCACUGUCAAGUCUCAGAUGCACGUUCAAAGCGGUCAGAAGGAGGGUUCUCUUGCUGCUCUUUCUCGCAUCGUGCGCGAGAGUGGUUAUUCUGGUCUCUACCGAGGUAUUGGUCCCAAGAUCACCCAGAGUGUGCUCACUGCUGCUCUUCUCUUUGCCUUCAAGGAUGUCCUUUAUGAGCAGACCGUGCGUCUUCGAAUGGCUCAGGCCGCUCGCCGUCGCGUCGCUUAA